GGCAGAGACGUGAGUUGGCCUGGCCGCUAGCAGCCUACCCACUUUUGCAGAGACCAGACAGCCCACCCAAAAGACAUCAUCACCUGCAGCUGCGUUCCUCGCAAAUUUGUCGUAUUGUCAUUUUCCGUGUUGGGUCCCUUGUGCAGGUACAGCGCAGCUAGACACAACUUGUGAACGCCUAACUUUUUUCAACACCAAACACCACUUCCCGCUUUUCACCACCUCAACCCCACCACGCACUCGCACACCGAGAGCUACCACACACCACACCGCACACGACAUGUCUGUCGUUGGAUUGGACUUUGGUACGCAAAACAGCGUAAUUGCUGUUGCGCGGAACAAGGGCGUCGAUGUCAUCACAAAUGAGGUCUCCAACCGAGCGACUCCCACACUCGUGAGCUUCGGCUCAAAAUCCAGAUUCCUCGGCGAGGCCGCAAAGACACAGGAAAUCUCCAACCUCAAAAACACCGUCGGCUCCCUCACACGACUCGCCGGACGCACGAUCAACGAUCCCGAUGUGCAGAUUGAGCAGGAAUUCGUGUCGGCACCACUCGUCGAUGUGGACGGCCAGGUUGGCGCCGAGGUCACAUAUCUCGGUCAGAAGCAAAAGUUCACCGCUACACAAUUGAUCGCCAUGUUCUUGACCAAGGCACGAGAGACCGCAUCGAAAGAGCUGAGGUUACCGGUCAACGAUAUGGUCAUUGCUGUUCCAGCAUGGUACACCGAUGCUCAGCGCAGAGGCAUCUUGGACGCCGCAGAGGUUGCAGGCCUCAAGGUUCUCCGCCUGAUCAACGAGACCACUGCGACUGCUCUUGGAUACGGCAUCACCAAGCUUGAUCUGCCAGGCCCAGAGGAGAAGCCACGCCGCGUUGCGAUCGUCGAUAUUGGCCACAGCAAUUACACCUGCUCCAUCUGCGAAUUCAGGAAGGGAGAGCUCAAGGUCGUCUCGACUGCCUACGACAGGCAUUUCGGAGGUCGUAACUUCGACAAGGCUCUCAUUGAGCACUUCCGCAAUGAGUUCAAGGAAAAGAACAAGAUCGAUAUCUACGAAAACCCUAAGGCACGCGUCCGUGUGGCUGCAGCAGUUGAAAAGCUGAAGAAGGUUCUCUCCGCAAACGCCAUGGCACCAAUCAAUAUCGAGUCGCUGAUGAACGAUGUCGACGUUCGUGGCAUGCUCAAGCGCGAGGAGCUUGAAACGCUCGUCCAGCCACUGCUCGACCGCGCACAUAUUCCUCUGGAACAGGCUUUGGCCGAUGCCAAGCUCACCAAAGACGACAUCGACUACAUCGAGCUCGUCGGUGGCUGCACGCGUGUGCCUGCCCUCAAAUCGAUCAUUCAGAACUUCUUCGGCAAGAACCUGAACUUCACCAUGAAUGCAGACGAGGCCAUUGCACGAGGAUGUGCCUUCAGCUGUGCCAUCCUCUCCCCAGUGUUCCGCGUCCGUGACUUCAGCGUCCAGGACAUCGUGCAAUACCCAAUCGAGUUCACUUGGGAGAAGUCGCCCGAUAUUCCAGACGAGGACACCAACCUCACCGUCUUCAACAAGGGUAACGCUUUGCCAUCGACGAAGAUCCUCACUUUCUACCGGAAACAGCCUUUCGACCUCGAGGCCAAGUACGCCAAGCCAGAUGCGCUUCCUGGCAAGCCAAACCCAUGGAUUGGCCGUUUCAGCGUGAAGGGUGUCAAGGCGGACGGCAAGGACGACUUUAUGAUCUGCAAGCUCAAGGCACGCCUGAACUUGCACGGUGUCUUGAACGUGGAGCAAGGCUACUAUGUGGAGGAGCAGGAGAUCGAGGAGCCUAUCCCAGAGGCCAAGGAUGGCGAUGCAAUGGACACCGACAAAGCGAACGGCGAGGCCACCCCACCUGUCAAGACCCGCAAAGUCAAGAAGCAAGUGCGCAAGGGUGACCUACCGCUCUCUGCCGGCACAGCAUCCCUCGACCAGCAGCAAAAGGACCUCUUCCUCGAGAAGGAAGGCCAGAUGAUUGCUGAGGACAAGCUUGUUGCCGAGACCGAAGACCGCAAGAACGAACUCGAAUCACAAAUCUACUCGAUGCGUGGCAAGAUUGACGAGCCAUACACCAGCAACGGCUACUCAGAUUUUGCCAGCGACGAGGAGAAGGACAAGAUCCGCGCCAAGUGCGAUGAGCUCGAGGACUGGCUGUACGAGGAUGGCGAGGAUGCCACCAAGGCCCAGUACAUCGCCAAGUACGAGGAGCUCCGCGCUACCGCUGCAGUGGUCAUCUCCCGCUUCAAUGAGAAGCGCCAAGAAGAGGAAGAGGCACGGAGGAAGAUUGAAGAGGAGGCCGCCGCCAAGCGACGAGCUGAGGAGGAAGCCAAGCGUGCCGCCGAAGCCGAGAAGAAGAAGGCGGAGGAAGAGGCCAAGAAGGCUGCAGAGGCAAAGCCUGAUGAGGAGAUGAAGGACGCUGAUGCCGCCGAUGGCGAGAAGCCUGCUGAUGUCGAGGAGGCAUAGAUUACGCGAUGUUGGGACCGACGCGAUACCAGGCGCCCCUUCUUCUUUAUGGCGAACGAAACAAUGAAUGAUUCGAUACAUGCAUAGAUGUGGCUCUCUUCGGCGUUGUCUUACAAGGAUGGAGCAAGAGAGGCGAUGGUGGACGGCGAAUGCUUGGUAAUGAUUACUCGCACAGCUAUGAUGGAUGAUGAAAGAUGUCGUUGUUGAUGGACAUGGCAUGAAGAAAAUGGGAAAGCAUUCUGACUUUUCAUUUGUGUUCUUCUCUCCGCUUUGCAGACUUCUGAAUGGGUGAGGAGGCUAGAUGAUGUUUAUAGAUUGUAGACUCUGAAAAAAUGGC